AUGUUCAACUCUCACUUCUGCGGAGGUACUAUAUUGAACGAAAGAUGGAUUCUUACUGCUGCACAUUGUACUAUUGGUCAAUCUCGCUACUUGAUGCAAGUAGUCGUCGGCACCAACAGUCUCAUCCUUGGAGGUGACAGGUACGCUGUGGAGGAGAUCAUAAUCCAUGAGAGCUACAACGGCAAUGUUAUCGUGAACGACGUCAGUCUAAUCAGGGUUACGAGAGAUAUCCAGUUCAGUGAGAGGGUCCAACCAAUCGCUUUACCUUCUGAGGACACUGGAGCCGAAAAAGAGCUGAUGUUGAGUGGAUGGGGAAGAACUUCUUACCCCGGCACGUUGCCAUUGCAACUACAGAUGAUCAACCUGACAUCCCUGAGUGUGGAACGCUGCCAGAACAUCUACAGUAAUAUCCACCAAGUCUUCGAGAGCCAGAUCUGUUCUCUGACGAAAUCUGGAGAAGGAGCUUGUCAUGGUGAUUCUGGGGGUCCACUUGUAGAGGGUAAUACUGUUGUGGGAAUUGUGUCCUGGGGCAUGCCUUGUGCCCGUGGCUACCCUGAUGUCUACAGCAGGGUUUAUUCCUUCAAGAACUGGAUUGAAGAACAAAUUUCAAGCUUCGUACCGUACUAA